AUGGAUAACCCAGCCGAAUUGGGUGCGACUUCGCCAGCCUCCAACCCCACGGACAGUGCUGUGCGCCUCGCUCUCCCGAUCGAGCUAUGGGGCGAAGUGCUUAGACAAAUUGAUGAUCCUUUUACUCUAUGGAUUACCUGGCGUCAGGUCUCUCGAACGUUCCGGAGCGAGGCAGAGCGUGUCUUCCGCGCUGUAUAUCUUCCUCGCCUCCGUAUCCAGUGGGGAGGCGAAGGCACCGAUCCUGAUUCAGUAGACCAUCCCGUGCUCUACUCAUGGCUAGACGAGGAAUCUUCCAAUCGAAAUUCGGCGAGAGCCUUCUUUAGGCUAUCGAUGCUCUACAAUCGUCGCAUGUCUGAUGCCGAACUCAAGUACUCCAUCUUUCGCGCGUUCGAGUACAAAGAUUCCACAGCACUGUCUCGAAAGAAACCAGAAACGUUCGAAAGAUAUGACUCUCUAGAAAUCAUACCUUUUAUUAUGCGUAUGACUUUCAGCGGUCAUCAACCAGGCACUUCCUACGCAAACGACCCUGAUAUUCCCGAGAUGCAAUGCCAUCGCAAAGCCAAAGGUCUGGAGUCCGUUCUGAACGAAACGGACUGCCCAGACUACAUUUCGUUCAACUGGAAGCUUCUCAUGGACAGGUUUUUCGCAGAAGAAGUGUACGUUCGUCGAGAGCAAGCUGAUUAUACUUCUCGCGAAGUAACCAAACGAAACAUCCGCACGUUCUGCCAAGAUGCUAGGGAAUCAUUCUUACGUGGGCACUCUGUCUUCGACUCGACGAAUUCGAAGCUGGAUACUUCUUCGGAUAGAUACAUGGACCUGUAUGCAAAAGCCAUGGCUAGUUACAGAGACCGGGUCGAUAUGUUUAUAGAUGAUUGGUUCUGGGAGAAUGAAGAGCUUUACAUGCUUGCUUACGAACGUCGCCUCCUCGCAGAGACAGGCAUAUUCGAGAACGUACUUCAAGAACACAGCUUGGAUGGGUCCGACAGUACACUUGCCGACUCUUGUUUUGAAGGGCAUGUGUUUGGGAUGAGAUCAGGGGCUGCUGAUAUACUGUCUGACUAUGCUGCUCAGCUCUAG